UCUGAAGGCUGUUUACGAAGAAAGCUUCUGACAAAAACAAGGGCUGGGACUGAAGCGAGAGGAGCAGUGUGUGUUUGAUGCACAGGCUCCUUACUCAUUUGGAUCAGCCGAUAUUUACAAUCAGCGAGCUCAAUUAAAAAGGAAGAAUACCAGCAUGUUGUCGGUGAAUUCAGGCCGACAGCUCUGCAGGAUGUUUUUCUCUUUGCACAUUGUUUUCCUGAGCGCAGCCAUCGUGGAAAGCAGCGCACCAAGUGGGAAGCCAGGAGAUUGUGUGACAUCCAGGGGUCUGGAUUACAGAGGAGAGCAGCAGAGCUCCUCCACAGGUCUGACGUGUCUGAACUGGAUCAGCACUGCAAGAGAUUAUGAUGUUAAACUGCACCCAGACUCACAGACAGAUGCUGGCGAUCACAAUUAUUGCAGAAACCCAGAUAACUCUGAGGGGCCUUGGUGCUACAUUGCAGCCCCAGAUGGAACAAUUCAGAGGCAGUUCUGUGCAAUUGAGAUGUGCAAAGAGCAAACAUCAGCUCCGCCGACAGAGCCUGGAUCCCUCCGAUCUACAGAGAUCAUCCCCUCCACGCAGAGCUUCCAGUCAGCCACACUUGGAAAACAGAAAGAGGUUGCAGCUGUGCAGCCGGUGAUGGGCAUCAGCCAGCGAGUGAGAACAGGACCAAAAAAGAAGAAGGACUUGGGUACUACUGGCAUGGUCCUGGGUAUCCUUAUGAUGGCAAUUAUAAUCCUCCUAGGAGUUGGCAUCAUGCUUGGCUACUUCUAUAAAAGGGGACGGUCCUUAAAAAAGCAGCAUGAGCAGCGAGCCUAUGAGCGCGAGAUGCAGAGGAUCACCCUGCCCCUGUCGGCCUUCUCCAACCCCACCUGCGAGCUCAUAGAUGAGAACACCAUCGUGAUUACGGCCGAGCCAGAGAUCACUCCCGUUCAGGAGGGCGAAGACGCUCUUAUCGGUCAGCAUGCCGGUACUCCUGGAGCAUGAGGGCAGCAUGGAUUCCACAUAAUGGACCAAAUCACUCCCAUGUCCCUGUUUCUCCUUCCCACCUCCCUGAUGGAGCUCAGUUUUUGAAGGGUUGAAAAGCAGCAUCAGCUCCAAAGACUUUUGAACUGUCUGCUGUGUCCUUUCUUCCCCAUUUUUCCCCAUUUUUCCCUAAUCAGGGAGGUGCAGAUGUUCUUACAUAAAAUGGACACAGUGGUAAAACCUUUUAAAACCACUAAGUAAAAUCGAUUGUUUUUGCGACACAGAACAAUCUGCCUCCUUCAAAAAGAGUUUUAGUUUUUAGUCAAACGGAGUUUGUCGCUGUCUGACGGAAAGUGGGUGCUAGUAAGGAGACGAUUAUGGGACAGGGAGACAUCUUCUAUCGUCUGUUUUCUUAAUGAGGCGAGUUGAUUUUGUUAGGCUUUGAUUUGUGUCUCACUGGCUGUGCCAAGGGAGACCAGAAACAUGUUUGUACAAAGAGUGUUUUGUCUUGCCGACGCAUGGCUGACACAGAUCCGUGUCCAUAAAUAGUCAUGCUCCUCGUUACAGGAUGCACAUAGUAAACGGCGGCCCAUGAAAGACAAAGAGAGAGGCCUCCAGAUCUAAAUCUGCCUUAGCAUGAUACCUCUGAAUGUAUCCUGUUUGUUCUGGUAGCGCUCAAUGGCAGAAGCCCCUUUCAUCCACAGGUUAAGGAGUGACAGGAAAAUAAACACACUACAGAUAGUUACUGCUCAGAAGAGGACGGCACUGCCUCAGCACAGAAUAUUAUGACAGUCUUGAUUGAGUCUCAUGAUGACAGUGUGCUGCCAAUAGAUUAGAUCCCUAUGUUUGAGUUUUGCACCUCAGAGUAGACAUUGGGAAUGGAGUAGAACAGGAACAGCUCACAGUUCUAGGCCUCUCCAAAUAGAGAAAAACAUAAACGCAUGUGCAUGUCUACCUAAUGUAUGUGUGCCAUUCAGGGACCAUAGUAUUACAUCCUAAUAAAUAGGCAGAGCUGCAGUUGGUGGGCGGGUAGAUGAGCUCGAGACUAUCCCCCCCGACUGCUGAACAGUGCUAAUAUACUGCUGUUUAAAGGGAUGGGUUAAAUGCAGACGGCAUAUUUGUUGUAAUGUACAAAGUUACAAAGACAAAAAAAUACGUUUAUUGUUUUGUUAUUACUGUAGGGAAAGUUUUUACUUUAGUUUUUUUUUUAUUAUUUCUUUGCCAUUUCUCACUGUGUUAUUAGUUUUCAUGUGAUCACUCCAGAUUAUCUGGUGUUGCUGUUGAACUCAAAUCACCCGUUAUCGAUGAUUGUUAAUGUUUUAUCUGCUGGCUGUGAUAGUUUCAUCAUAAUGUACUAUAAGUACCACUGAAUUGAAUUUUCUUUUUUAGCACUUGUGUGGCCUUUUCUGUUGUUGCUCAGACUGAUAUUAAAAAAAAGAAACAACACAGA